UGUCUCAGUUUAAAAUGGUGAAUUACUCUUAUGAUGAAGACCUUGAGGAACUGUGUCCGGUCUGUGGAGAUAAAGUGUCUGGGUACCAUUAUGGACUUCUCACCUGUGAAAGCUGCAAGGGAUUCUUUAAGCGAACAGUCCAGAAUAACAAAAGGUACACAUGUAUAGAAAAUCAGAAUUGCCAGAUUGACAAAACACAGAGAAAACGAUGCCCUUACUGUCGAUUUCAAAAAUGUCUAAGUGUUGGAAUGAAAUUAGAAGCUGUGCGAGCUGACCGAAUGCGCGGAGGCAGAAACAAGUUUGGACCAAUGUACAAGAGAGACAGGGCACUGAAGCAGCAGAAGAAAGCCCUUAUCCGAGCAAAUGGACUUAAACUGGAAGCCAUGACUCAGGUGAUCCAAGCAAUGCCCACUGACCUGACAAUAUCCUCUGCAAUCCAGAACAUCCAUUCUGCCUCCAAAGGCCUACCUCUGAACCAUACUGCCUUGCCUCCUACAGACUAUGACAGAAGUCCCUUUGUAACCUCUCCAAUUAGCAUGACAAUGCCACCCCAUGGCAGCUUGCAAGGUUACCAAACCUAUGGCCAUUUUCCAAGUCGUGCGAUCAAGUCCGAGUACCCCGACCCUUAUACUAGCUCACCAGAGUCAAUAAUGGGCUAUUCAUACAUGGAUAGUUAUCAAACAAGCUCACCAGCAAGUAUUCCACAUCUGAUAUUGGAACUCCUGAAAUGUGAGCCAGAUGAGCCACAAGUCCAAGCUAAGAUCAUGGCCUACCUGCAGCAAGAGCAAGCCAACAGAAGCAAGCAUGACAAGCUCAACACAUUUGGGCUUAUGUGUAAAAUGGCUGACCAAACCCUCUUCUCCAUUGUUGAGUGGGCUAGGAGUAGCAUCUUUUUUAGAGAACUUAAGGUUGAUGACCAAAUGAAGUUGCUUCAGAACUGCUGGAGUGAACUCUUAAUUCUAGAUCACAUUUACCGGCAAGUGGUACACGGAAAAGAAGGCUCUAUCCUUCUGGUUACCGGGCAACAAGUGGAUUACUCAGUAAUAGCAUCUCAAGCUGGAGCCACCCUCAACAAUCUUAUGAGCCAUGCCCAAGAACUAGUAGCAAAGCUUCGUUCCCUGCAGUUUGAUCUACGAGAAUUUGUAUGUCUCAAAUUCUUGGUGCUGUUUAGUUUAGAUGUCAAAAAUCUUGAGAACUUCCAGCUUGUGGAAGGUGUUCAGGAACAAGUGAAUGCUGCUCUGCUGGACUACACAAUGUGUAAUUACCCACAGCAAACAGACAAAUUUGGGCAGCUUCUCCUGCGACUACCAGAAAUCCGGGCCAUCAGCAUGCAGGCUGAAGAAUACCUCUACUACAAACACCUGAACGGGGAUGUUCCGUGUAAUAACCUUCUCAUUGAGAUGCUGCAUGCAAAGAGAGCAUAAAUUAUACCCAUUAGAGCUUCUGCUUUCAAGGAAAAAAAUAUACUCUGAACUGCUCCGAGCAACACUAAUUAAAAUGUGGUUUUAAGACUUUGCAAAAUGGUAUAAUAAUCAAAUACUAAUAGUAAAUAAGUGAUGUAUCAGGGUAUUUGUAUUGCAAACUGUGAAUCAUAUGCUACACAUCCCCAAAGGAAUCUAUAUAGGACUUUAUACCGGCGUGAAGUGAACUUAACGAGUGGAUACUAUCACCAAUGUCGACAUGAAAAAGGACAGAAUGAUUCUUGUAUAUUUAACUCUGCUGAUUGCCAAUAUGAAGAAAUUUAGGAAAAAAACUGGUCUGUAUUAUUGAGCUAAGAUAGUGGGGAAUUUGAGUGCACUAAAUUCCUUCGUUGUAUAGCAGGACUUGUAAAACAGUUCUACUAGAUGCAAAACUGCGUCUCUAGCAUCCUCUGCCAUCCUUCCAAGGACCCAACACUUACUUCUUCUGUGAUAAACGAUGUGGCAUCCGUUCAACAGUCCGCAAGAGAGAGCCGGAGUAGGCCACAUGCUAUAUAGUAUCGCCACCAAAUCACACGAGGCUGGUUUUGAAUGUCUGUCUCUCAGGCCUGCAAAAAGGUCAUAUGAAGAGUCUGUUAACAAGUUAGCUUGGCAUUCUUACUAUGUUCUAAAGUUUGUUUUGUCACGUGUUCAUGUUGUUCAGUCAGGCAGUAUCCCUCUUCUACUUACUGUUAUAGGAUGGCUAUUAAGCAUCAAAGAUAAAUAUUGCAAAAGAAAUUAGUCAAUUCAACAAUAUGCUCAGCCAGUGCAGUGGCUAAAAAUCGCCUCUGCUAUAUCUUCAUGGCUGUUUCCAAAUAAACAUGUGUUAGCCAUCAGAGAGGAUAGCGUCCUUCACCAAAAAAAAAAACCAAACUUCUCUAGAGCUCCAAAUACUAAUUAAAAAAAAAAAAAAA